GUUAUUGAAAAAUAUUAUCUAAUUAAUAAUUUGUAAAAAUUCAUCAACCUGUCGACAUUGUCACUCAGAAGCUUUUCAGCAAAUAUGCUGAACAAUCUCGGCUCAUCAGUGAUCGGAGGAAGCCAAAAAGAUUGUGAUUUACCUAAAACAACUGUCUUGCAUGGGUCAAAUACUUUCGGGCAAUUGCAAAGUCAAACAACGAACGUCACUGAUAACACAACAGCCAAUAAUAACAAUAAUAACAACAAUACGAGAUUACAUGUGUCUAGUGGUAUAUGCGAUUCGCACAACAUGCACCAAGAUCAAGUAAAUAUUCCAAUGGUUCCAAUAAGCUUAAGUUUUCUCUUUAAAAAAGUACAUAUGUCGUCAACUUUUCAGAACAAUGAUAAAAAUAAUAAACAGAAACGACACAGAACGCGCUUUACGCCAGCACAGUUGAAUGAACUUGAAAGAUGUUUCAGCAAAACGCAUUAUCCUGAUAUCUUUAUGCGUGAAGAGAUAGCGAUGAGAAUUGGAUUAACAGAAUCACGAGUUCAGAACAGACGAGCCAAAUGGAAGAAACGAAAGAAGACCACAAAUGUAUUUAGAACGCCAGGUUCUUUAUUGCCAUCACAUGGUUUACCACCGUUCGGUGCGAAUAUCACAAACAUAGCUAUGAGUGAAAGUUUAUGUGGAUCUUCAAUGUUUGGCACUGACAGAUGGAGUGUUGGUGUGAAUCCAAUGACAGCAGGCUUUGGUCAACUCAAUCAAUCAUCCUCCCUCUCACAAUCCUUGAAUGGAGCUUUAAAUUCUGGCAUUAACAUGUCCUCGGCCAUGACCACGGGAACAUAUCAACAUUAUGGACUUAAUGCUUUAGGCGAUUCGAUGAUGUAUCAUAAUUCCACGAACACAAAUGGAAAUUGUUCUGGUCCCGGUACAGGAUCGUCACCAACUGGCUCAACCCCUCCAAAUAUUAAUGCUUGUUCGUCAACAACACCACCAUUGUCCAGUGGUCAAACGAGUCAAAGUGAUGGAAAUGGAAAGUUUGGAGAAGAAAUGAAUACGAACCAGCAGCAAUUCGUAAAUAGUCAAAAUGUGGAGGCUGGAAAUGAGGGUGACGACGUUUGGCGAAAUCAUCAUAGCAUAGCAGCGCUACGACGGCGCGCCUCUGAACUAAAUGGAAUUCAUUUGGGUUCUUACUCACACAACUACGAACAUCAUGUCUACUAAUGCUUCAAUGUUUCAAUGUUUUCUUGAGACAAUUCCUCAGCAUUGAGAAAACAGUUCAUUUCUUUUAACAUCUCAAAGAUGGCGCUGACAAAAUUAUAUUUUCCGUUAAGAAAAUCAACAGAAGUGAAAGUUUUAUGUUCAGCAAGAUUUUAUGAAGCUAUUUGAUGAUGAUGAACUUCAAGGCUAUUUGCUAUUUGUUGUCAAACGUUGGUUUCAUCAAUAUCGUUAAUUAAUUCCUACUUUUGUUAGCAGAAUAUUCUUUUAAUAUCAAUUAAAUAUUAAUUUCCAUGGCAAUUUCAUCUUAAUCACUCGCCAAGUUAUGAAUUUUGUUUUAUUUUUUAAAGAAAACAAAGAGGGAAGAAAAAAUUAAAUAUUAAAUGCUUCUUCAAGGCACAUUUUAAGAGAAAUUAUCUCAAAAUGAUUUCUCAAGACAUUCUCAAGAAGUAUAUUUGAUUUAAGUAAAUUUCAACAGAUAAUAGGAAACACUUAUAAUUAUUAUUAUUCAGAAGAGUCUCAAUAGUUAGGAUACGUAAAAUGUAAAUAAACAUUUUAAUCUCUUUUGUGGAAAUCAUUAAAAACAUUUAUCUAUCUACUUUUCUUUCCUCUCAUCUCGUUAUAUUUCAAUA